UCAGAAUUUCUCAAGAGCAAAGCAACCAAAACCAACUAGUAUUGGGAAAGAGAGAGAGAGCAAAAGAGGAGGAGAGAAGCAGCAGCGCCAUUGCUUGAUCUCUCUGAAGGCGAUCACAUCAGACUCACCCCUCGACUUUUUUUUUUGGAAACUACCCUCACAUUACCCAAAUCAAAAACCCUAAUUCGGUUGCUUCUAUUUUUUUUUUUUGUUCCCAUCUCUUCCCCUAAACUUCUUGAUCAUUUUUAUUCCGGUUUUGCCCCUCUCCCUUUGAUCAUCAGCAGCAGCUUGUCAGACUCACCAGAAACCCUAAUUAUCUAUGGCUACCACAGCUAAUGCCCUUAGUUCCUCGAUAACAUCAACGCCGACUAAUAGCUCACCUCGGCAUCCUGCCCCUGUAGCUGCCGUUGAGAAUCAUAAUAGCCCUCAAUCACGGCACGGCGGCGGUGGUGGUGGUUCAAGAGUAGUGUCCUCGCCGUGGACACAAAUUGUUCGGGGGGAAUCGGAGACGAUCACGGUGGCAGCCACUCAUUUACCAUCGACGAGGGAGCCGAUGGUUGUGUCUGAUCAACCUGUAUUGGUUGCUGUGUCAUCCUCUUCUUCGAUGGUGGCGGAAGAAGAGAUUUUGGAUAAUGGGAAUGGUUCCAAAAACAAUGCCGGUAAGAGGCCAGUCUGGAAUAAACCGUCGAAUGGCGCCACGGAGGUUGGACCCGUGAUGGGAGCGGUUUCCUGGCCUGCUUUAUCCGAGUCAGCUAGGGCUUCGGGGAAAACGACUCAAGAUUUAUCCAAAGGUUUAUCUGAUGUAUCAUCGUCUGUCCCAGUUCCGCAGGGAACUGGAAGUGCAUCAUCUUCACAUAAACAAGUUAUUAAUAAUGCAACCCCUAAUUCAACUCCAAAUCAUACAAUGCAAGCACGCCAGAGGCCAACGAAGCGCAAUGGUGCCAACACAUCUUCCAAUGGUGGCACCCCUCAAUCACCAGGAUCACAGCCCCACGUAGGGGAUGUUCAUUUAAAUAACUCUUCCCCUAGGGAUCAUUCCCAAAGGAAUUCACAAUCCCGUAGUGCCAAUGAUCACCUGCAACAGCAGCGCAAUUCAUUCAGGCGCAAUGGUGGUCCACAUUCACGUGGAGAUGGUUCUCAUCAUCACAACUAUGGGGGCAGACGUGAGCAAGAUCGUGCAAAUCAAGAUUGGAACCCCCACCGAAACUUCAAUGGCAGAGAUACUCAUAUGCAAUCUCAGAGAGUUGUCCAAAGGUUUCUUAGGCAUCCGCCGCCUCCACCACCACCCCCUACUACUGCCCCAUUUAUUGGACCACCAGUGCGGGCCUUUGGCAGUCCUAUUGGAUUCCCUGAAUUUUAUUAUGUUGCUGGCCCACCUCCAGACCCUCUCAGAGGCAUGCCUUUUGUUGCAGCACCAAUACCGCCUCCUGCAAUGUAUUUUACUGCUCCAGACCCUCAGUUACAUUCUAAGAUAGUGAAUCAAAUAGAUUAUUAUUUCAGUAAUGAAAAUUUAAUUAAAGAUACAUUCUUGCGGCAGAACAUGGAUGACCAGGGCUGGGUACCUAUUAAAUUAAUAGCAGGCUUCAAUAAAGUUUCUCAUUUGACUGACAAUAUCCAGUUUAUAUUGGACGCUAUAAGAAGUUCCACUGUUGUCGAAGUACAGGGUGACAAAGUCAGGAGGCGAAAUGACUGGAUGAGAUGGAUAAUGCCACCUUCUGUUCAGUUUCCAAGCAUUUCAAGUCCUUCCUCACUUGGGAGGUCCAGUCAUGAGAUACUGGCAGCCAAUAUCCAAAGUAUUUCAUUGGAGGAUAAUACUGCUAGUCACAGCAGUGGAAGGAGUCCGGCAGAUGUCCAUAGUGAGACAUUUCUUGGUAGAUCAUCGUCUGGGGAUCUGAAUAGCCAGUCACCUGUAUUCGCUACUGAAGGAACAGGUCAAGUUUUGAGCAAGUAAACGUGUGCUGAUGCACAUUCUACUGGAAAUAUUGGUGGAAGGUGGGGAGUGACCGCUUUAUUACAGCGGUGGAUGGCUCGUCUUUUCUUGAUGGUGGUAGUCUUGCCUUGGCACGAUGAAACAGGGUUUUUCGUUGGUCAAUUAGAAAGACAAUUAGAAGGAAAACAAAAGAAAACUUUUUAAAGACAGACAAAAAACUAAAAGGGAAAAAAUAUAUAUAUAAAAAAAAAAAGAAAAAAGAAAACAUUUAUGACUAGUAGCAUGAGUUUAUUGGGAUGUAUGUAUGUUUUUUGGGGGGUUGGGGGUGGGGAGAUUGCGUUUUUUAAUCCCUAAAAUAUUUAUGGUGGCCUUUUUUGUGUUACUAAUGGGGAAUUUUGAUUUGCUUCCCUUUGCUGCCCUCUACUGGUCUUUAAAGAAUCUUUGAUGCUAGAUCAUCUCCAUUCUCUGAGAGAUGGAACAAAGAAUGUGGUUGGCAGGGAGUCUGCGUACUGCGAGGGAUAGGAGGAGAAGUUGCUGCUGCUCAUGCUAUUGCUCUAUUUUUUGGUCGCAUAAAUGAUAUGGUUGUUUAGGCUUUAUCUAAACACACUAUAUCUGAAAUUGCAUUUGUUAUAUGUAUACUCUCAACCUUUUUCAUAAAAUGGUCCUCUCAGAGUGAAACCAUGGGAACGUCUUGUUUCAGGACAGGAUGUGUUUGGCAUUAUACUUAUAUAUAUUAUGUUAAAAUUUAAGACUUGGGAAAUUGUGGUAUUUUGAUUUGUUCAAAUUACUUUAUUAUAUUUAUUUAUUCAAAUUGGCGGUCUAGAUGAUUUGC